GAGUUUCUCAGCUUUCAAAAAGGUCGUCAUCCGAGGUCCACGCCAUCCGAGGAUCCGGGAGUUGGCACCACGCACAACAACACGCAGCAUAAACACACGGCACACAGCACACGCAUUCCCCAGCAAGGCCAGCAAGAAACGAAGAAUGGAUAGCGUCUGGAUAAAUAUGCUGCUGCUGACCAUCACCAUCAGCUUCGUGCACACAAAUGGACAAUCACCGGUGAACGUGCAGCUGGAGGUGAAGAAGUACGUCGAGCGGGGCAGCGCGGUCGAACUGGACUGUGAAAACGAUGUCCUGCCCGAUAUCCUGUACAAGGUUACGUUCCUGAAGGAGGAUAGCAAGAUAUUCGAGUACAUCAAGGGCCGCAGCCCACCAUACCGCAACUACAGCAUACCGGGCGCAGAGAUAGACUGGAAGAAGGUCACCCCAUCGCGCCUGACGCUGAAGAACGUGGACUACGAGGCGUCCGGGUCGUACUACUGCGAGGUGUCCACCGAUACGCCCAUCUUUACCAAGGCGUCCAACGACGAGAUGCUCCACGUGAUGCUGCCCCAAAAGGGACCGCCAACGAUCGAGUUCGCCAAGAAGCAGCUGUACUAUGGCGACACGCUGAUCGCGAACUGCACCACCUCCCGGGCGCGCCCAUCACCCCACAUCACCUGGCUGAUUAAUGGCAAACAGGUGGAUGACGUCCACGUCCGGCCAUUACAUCACAGCUCGAAGAACAGCCACCGCUCGAAAUCCCAACAGAGCAUCGGCCAACAGCAACAGCAGCAACAGCAGUCGACCACGGUGCUCCACCACGGGAAGCUCGUCGGUUCCGGUGGCAGCUCGUCCGUCAGUGGCAGCCUCAAGGAGCUGAAGCAGCGCACCAAAGCGGUCGAAAACGAGUUCCAGGACAAGCUGACCAAGUCGACCAGCGCGAUGGGCCUCGGUGGCGCAGGUUCCUACGGUGGUGGUGGUGGUGGCGGUGGCGGAUUCGAGAUUCAGCCGAACGUGGGCUACAACUACGACGGUGGCUACAACUACGGCAUCAAGACGCACCAUCCGGGUAAGGACCGGAGCGGCAACACGAUCGGUCUGCUGAACGGUGUCUUCGGUGGACCGACGUUCGGUAGCUACGGUGGGAUGGCCGGGCUCGGUUCGCUCGGUACCGGGCCCGGGCUCGGUUUUUCGCCCGAUCUGCUCACGCUCGAGCAGAUGGACAAGCGAACCUGGAACCAGCACAGCCCCUUCCAGCAGUACACCUACGACAAUAAGCAGCUACAGCAGCAACAGCAGCAGAGGCAGCAGCAGCAGCAGCAGCAACACUACGGCAACGGUUACCGGAAGCAUCGCAACUCGUACGAGCACAAGUACCGGCGGCACGUCAACGAGGGGGAGUCGCGCAAAAGCCACCGAAUCACGGCGAGCUACAGCCAGCUGUCGAUCCGCAUCACGGAGGCCCUGACGAACAACCUGGGCCGGAUAGAGAUUACCUGCCUGGCGACGAUCCCGGCCCACGUAGAGCCGGGCGAGCAGUACGCCGACUACAAAACGUCGCUGAUCAAACUGGACAUUGAACAGAACGAUCAAACCUCGCCGCAACCAUCGAUGAGCGGUAUGGCCGCGUUCGGGAACUCCGGUGCCGGUGCGCAGACCACCUUCCAUGCGGUCCCGGAUCGGAGCCGGAUCAUCGCGGUCGCCCUGCUGACCCUGUGUGCCGUCGUCUACCAGCGCAUCCAGCUGCGGAUGGUGUAAAUCAGCCCGCGCAAGCCCUCCCCCCGGGAAA